AUGGCAGCUAAAUUCGUAGCCUUUUUCGCCAUCAUCGCAGCGGCCGCUGCUCUGCCCGUGGUUCCUCUCGCCAAAAUCGCCUACGCAGAACCGGAAGCACCCGCCCAUUACCAAUACCAGUACUCGAUCCACGACGGACAAAGCGGUGACGUCAAAGAGCAACAGGAAGCCCGCGAAGGUGAUGCCGUACACGGAUCUUACUCCCUCGUCCAACCAGAUGGUGUCCACCGUAUUGUGGAGUACACGGCUGACAAGGAGCACGGUUUCAACGCUGUUGUUCGGUACGAGGGUACUCCUAUCCCCGCCCCUGUUAAGGCUGCCCCUGUUGCGUACGCUCCAGUGACUAAGCUCGCCUACGCUGCCCCCGCUAAAGUAGCAUACACCUCCCCCAUCUCCUACGCUGCCCCCGCUAAAGUAGCCUACUCUGCUCCCAUCUCCUACGCUGCCCCCGCUAAAGUAGCCUACUCUGCUCCCAUCUCCUACGCUGCCCCCGCUAAGGUAGCCUACACCUCCCCCAUCUCAUACUCCUCUCCCGUAUACGCUCCAGUCGCCAAGGUAGCGUCAUAUGAAGCUUCUCUCGGUCACGUAACCUUCUCAUCCCCGGCUGUCUCCUACCACCACUAG